AUGACUGAUACCAGCAAUACCAGCGUUGCACCCACCGUGGUCCCAGUCGUAUCCACUGUCGACGAUAUCACUGAAGACUUUCCUCAUGUGCGUGCCGACCAAUACGUGUUGAUCCAAAUGCCUAGUGGCAAUGUCAAGAUCGUCAGCCUAAAGCCCAACACCCAAGUAUCCCUCGGCAAGUUUGGUACAUUCAAUUCAGAUAACCUGAUCGACAAGCCGUUUGGUGUUUCGUACGAGAUCUAUGACGAUAAGGGUAACAUUCGGCCUGUGCGCAACUGGGCACUUGACGUUGUCGAGGAGACCAAUGCCAACAAUCAAAUGAUCAUCGACAAUGCGGCAGUGCAAAAGCUAUCCCAUCAAGAAGUGGAAACGCUCAAAGCCGAGAGUUUAAAGGGCAACUUGACAAACGACGAAAUCAUUCAAAAGAUCAUCUCAUCGCACGCUGAAUUUGAUAAGAAGACCGAGUUCUCAAAAGCCAAAUACAUUGAACGCAAAAAGAAAAAGUUUAUGAAGGUGUUUACUCCUGUUCGGCCGACGUUGUAUCAGAUCAACGAGCUAUUCUUCAACAAGAAUCCAGAAAAGAUCAAGGGUUUGCGUGUGGACACACUUUCACAAAUCCUCAGUUUGGCCAAUGUGCGAUCCAAUAGCAAGGUCCUGGUAGUUGACGACACACAAGGUCUUAUCGUUUCUGCUGUCGCCGAACGUAUGGGUGGAUACGGCACAAUUGUUGCUAUUCACGAUGGUGACAACCACAACUACGACGUUUUGCGAUACAUGAACUUUUCUCGACGUAUCCUCGACACUAUACACACAGUGCCAUUAUCCAAAAUCGACCCUGCUGAUCCCAAUGAUCCAUUCGAUGAAAAGACGAAGGAAGAAAUCGAUGCAAUGGGAGAAUUUGAACGUCGACGUUAUGAGAGAAAGAAGAAUGUGGCAGAUGCCAAGGCAAGGAAUCGUGAAUUACUAUUUGAAGGCAAAUUUGAUGCAUUGAUUAUAUCCUCUCCAUAUGAACCUUCCACGGUUGUCGAACGUUUAUUCCCAUACAUUUCUGGUUCAAGACGCAUCGUCAUUUAUGGAUUCACAAAGGAUGUGCUUAUUGAUACAGCAGCAUGGAUGCGCAAAUCAACGAGUUACUUAUCAGUGGAUAUCUCAGAGAGCUUCUUGCGACAAUAUCAGGUCUUACCAGGUCGGACGCACCCUGAGAUGACUACCAGUGGUGGUGGUGGCUACUUGUUAUCUGCACUCAAAGUCAUUGAUUGUCCUGAGGAUAUGGCCAUUGUUUUCCAGAAUGAAAUGGAUGCAAGGAAAAACAAGAAGCAAAAGCGUGAUAAGAAGCCCAAUGCAUCAAAAAAGCAAAAGGAGCAACAACAACAAUCAUGA